AUGUUCGGGAAACCAGACAAAAUGGACGUCCGGUGCCACUCGGACACCGAGGCCGCCCGGGUCUCGAAGAACACGCAUAAGGAGAGCCGCGAGAUCAAGGGCGCCGAGGGGAACCUCCCGGCCGCCUUUCUCAAGGAGCCGCAGGGCGCCUUUUCCGCGUCGGGCGCUGCGGAAGAUUGUAACAAAAGUAAAUCCAAUUCCGCAGCGGACCCGGAUUACUGCCGCCGGAUCCUGGUCCGAGAUGCCAAGGGGUCCAUCCGAGAGAUCAUCCUGCCGAAAGGCUUGGACCUGGACCGGCCCAAGAGGACACGCACGUCCUUCACGGCGGAGCAGCUCUACCGGCUGGAGAUGGAGUUCCAGCGCUGCCAGUAUGUGGUGGGCCGCGAGAGGACAGAGCUCGCCCGGCAGCUCAACCUCUCUGAAACCCAGGUGAAGGUCUGGUUCCAGAACCGGCGCACCAAGCAGAAGAAGGACCAGGGCAAGGACUCGGAGCUGCGCUCGGUGGUAUCGGAGACCGCGGCCACGUGCAGCGUACUGCGGCUGCUGGAGCAGGGCCGCCUGCUGUCGCCGCCUGGUCUCCCCGCGCUGCUGCCACCGUGUGCCACGGGCGCUCUCGGAUCUGCGCUGCGCGGGCCUAGCUUACCCGCCCUGGGCGCGGGCGCCGCGGCCAGCUCGGCCGCCGCCGCCGCCGCCGCCGCCGCCGCCGCCCCGGGCCCCGCGAGCGCCACAUCUCAGCACCCCCCGGCUGUGGGCGGCGCUCCCGGGCCGGGGCCCGCCGGGCCCGGGGGACUGCACGCGGGAGCGCCGGCCGCCGGCCACGGCCUCUUCAGUCUGCCGGUGCCCUCGCUGCUAGGCUCCGUCGCCAGCCGCCUGUCCUCCGCCCCAUUGACAAUGGCUGGUUCGCUAGCCGGAAAUUUGCAAGAACUCUCCGCCCGAUAUCUGAGCUCCUCGGCCUUCGAGCCUUACUCCCGGACCAACAAUAAAGAAGGGGCCGAGAAAAAAGCGCUGGACUGA